AGUUUCUUUAGAUGCAACAGAUUGUUCCGCAGAAAAAUUAUAUUCUGCGUUUGAACAGUGUUUUAAAAGUAAGAGGAUACCAAUGUCGAAUAUUGUAGGAAUGGCUUCUGAUAAUGCUUCAGUUAUGAUAGGUGAUAAUAAUUCUUUCAAGAGUAGAUUAAAGAAAGAGGUACCGGCCCUCAUUGUAUUAAAGUGUAUAUGCCAUUCCUCAGCUCUUAUCGCAAGUAAAGCUUGUGCAAAAUUGCCGGAUUCUUGUGAAAAUCUUUUACAUGCAGUUGCUACAUAUUUUUCUGGCAGUGCUAAAAGAUCAGCUAUUCUGUAUGAGUUUCAAACAUUUUUUGGAGUAGCAUCAAGAAAAAUUUUGAAAUUAUCAGGUACAAGAUGGUCCGUCUUACAAAAGUGUGUUGAGAGACUUCUCGAUAAUUGGGAAGUUUUGAAACAUUACUUCAACCUGGAAUCUUUUGAACAUAAAAAUAACUCGGCACAUUUAAUUUCUAAUUCUUUAAACAAUAAAAUUAUUAAAGCAUACAUGUUGUUUUUGAAGUAUUCUUUAACUUUUUUUAAUAGUUUUAAUGCUUUGCAUCAGUCGAGACAAAUCUUAAUUUAUAAAAUUGCUGAAAAUUGUGAGCAGUUAAUGAAACAGAUAGGAAAAAAUUUUUUGAUAUGUAAUGUUUUAAAUAAUAUUUCUGAUAAUAUUUUAAAUCCGGAAAACUUUUUACCAGUUAAUUGUAUCAAUGUUGGUUCAGACUGUGAGUCAUUUCUCUUAGCAGAAUGUCCAGAUUUUUAUAUAGAAAUAAAGUCGAAUUGUCUACAAUUUUAUAUUACCGCGAUGCAAGAAAUGCUACAUCGUUUUCCAUACAAUGAUGAAAUCUUGCGCGAAUUAAAAUUUUUAGAUCCCGAAAUAGCUUUGCAUGAGGAAAAUAGAGUCUUAUUUCCAAAUUUAACGAAUGUAGCAAAACGUUUCGGUAUAUCUGAUAUUACGACUUUAUGUAAUGAAUGGCAAAUUUUACCUUCACAAUUUGAUGACGCGAAUAAAAUUGUUUUAGCCAAUUUCGAAAUUCUUGAAAUGUGGAACACUAUUUUUGAGAAAAAAAAUUGUAAUAAUGAACCGUUCUUUCCAAAUUUAGAAAAAUUAGUACAUGGCGUUUUAUCUCUUCCACAUUCUAAUGCUGAAGCAGAGAGGAUUUUUUCCAUCGUCACUGAUGUCAAGAAUAAAAAGAGGAAUUCUAUUAGUAUCACUUCUUUAGACUCAAUUUGCAAAAUACGAUCCAGCUUUCAGACUCAUAAUGUAGAGUGUAGUACUUUCCAAGUUGAUUCUAGACACUUGGAACUGCAUAAUACUAAAAAUUUGUAUUGCGUAGAAAGAAAAGAAUUUAAAAGUUCAAAUAAUACCAAAGAUUUUAAUGAUGAUAAUGAAUAUGAAGAUGACAUUAAUUAUGAAGUAUAUGAUGAAAUAUAGACUAAUAUUUUAUUUUAAUAUUAGCUUUUUUAAUAUUACCAAAAAUACUGAGAUUAACUUCAUAUUGUUACAUAAAAAUUAACAUUUAUUAUUAUAAUAUACUACAGAAAAAAUUUUUUUUACAGAUUUAAAAAUAUUUAAUUAUUUUUAUUUGUCAUGCUGUCAUUGUCUUAUAUAU